AUGAGUCUGUGCGUUGUACCUGUCAUUCUAGUACCCAAGAAGGACGACUCAUGGAGGAUGUGUUCUGAUUGUAGAGCCAUAAACAACAUCACCAUCAAGUAUAGGCAUCCAAUCCCCAGGUUAGAUGAUCUUCUUGAUGAACUUGCUGAGGGAGUACGGGUGGAUGUGGAAAAGGUUAAGGCCAUCCAAGAAUGGCCAACACCUAAGACCGUUAGUGAAGUGAGGGGAUUUCAUGGUUUAGCAAGUUUCUAUAGGAGAUUUGUUAAGGAUUUUAGUACAUUGGCUGCUCCCCUAACUGAAGUUGUUAAGAAGAAUGUGGGUUUCAAAUGGGGUAAGAAACAAGAAGAGGCCUUUGCUGCCCUCAAGCAUAGGUUAACUAAUGCACCCAUUCUUGCUAUGCCUAAUUUUGCAAAAUCAUUUGAAAUUGAGUGUGAUGCGUCAAUUCAUUACUUGUUACCCAAAGAGUUUGUCAUCCAUAGUGAUCACGAGUCCUUAAAGUACUUAAAAGGACAAGGAAAGCUUAAUAAGAGGCAUGCUAAGUGGGUAGAGCUUUUAGAGCAAUUUCCAUAUGUCAUCAAACAUAAAAAGGGGAAAGGGAAUGUAGUGGCUGAUGCACUGUGUAGGAGACAUGCUUUACUUGCUAUGCUUGAAACUAAACUGUUUGGUCUCGAGUCUUUGAAAGACAUAUAUGAGCAUGAUGUGGACUUUGCUGAAAUUUUUGCUGCAUGUGAAAAGUUUUUUGAAAAUGGUUACUAUAGGCAUAAUGGAUUCUUGUUUAAAGCAAAUAAGUUGUAUGUGCCUAAGUGUUCCAUUAGAGAGUUGCUUGCUAAAUCUGAGGUUAAACCUCAUGCAUUGUAUACUCCUUUGCCUGUUCCUGAAUAUCCUUGGACUGACAUAUCUAUGGACUUUGUUUUUAGGCUGCCCAAAACCAAGAAUGGAAAGGCUUCUAUGUUUGUUGUUGUUGACAGGUUUUCUAAGAUGGCACACUUCAUACCUUGCAUGAAAGUGGAUGACGCUUGUCAUGUGGCUGAUUUGUUUUUCAAAGAAAUAGUGCAGCUUCAUGGAUUACCAAGGAACAUUGUCAGUGAUAGGGAUGCAAAAUUCCUUCGUCACUUUUGGAGGACCUUGUGGGGCAAGAUUGGUACUAAAUUGUUGUUUUCUACUACUUGUCACCCACAAACUGAUGGUCAAACUAAGGUAGUCAAUAGGACUUUAGGCACACUGCUUAGGACUGUUUUAAAGAAAAAUCUUAGAUCUUGGGAAGCAUGUUUUCCUCAUGUUGAGUUUUCUUAUAAUCGGGUUGUCCAUAGCACAACUAAUUGUUCACCAUUUGAGAUAGUGUAUGGAUUUAAUCCUUUGACUCCUCUUGAUUUGUUGCCUAUGCCUAACAUUGCUAUGUUUAAGCAUAAGGACACACAGGCUAAGGCCGAGUAUGUGAAGAAGCUGCAUAAGCAAGUGAAGGCUCAAAUUGAAAAGAAAAAUGCGAGCUAUGCAAGGCUCUUUUGGCAUCCUUUUCAAUUACGUGAGGAAGUUUCUCUCAAGGUUCCUGUUGAACCAAAUUCUGACUUAUCAAGGUUGAUUCCUUAUGGUGUCACCGUGACUUAUCUUCCAUCUCUGGAAGUGGCGACCCUCGUCGUCAACAUUCCUGUAUCAAACGUUCCGCCCCGUAAGGUUCACUUCAGGUAUGAAUUACAACCAAUCUUUCAGUUGAUGUGGAAGGUUGACACUCUAUAUAAUCAAUUUCAAAACCUAAGUCCCCCAAUUGAUCACUCCCACUGA